CUUCAUCAUGGCUAUAGCACUCGAUCAUUCGAAGACCAGAGUUUCAAAGUCUGCGUUUGAGAUGUUUGACUGACGGUUUCCGUAUCGCCGUAUCGGGUCUCCUUUGUCAACCAUGGCGCCGCCCUCUAUUUUAUUGCUCGCCUAGGGUCGCAGCAACAGAUUUGCAGAACAACCUUUGAGUUAGCUGUGAUGUCUACAUGUAGUCCAGAUGCUGGCAUGUGCUCAAUGGAACCCGCAUUCCAAAUCAUGCGGCAGCAACAACCAGAUGGUUGCUAGUCCUGCUGCGAUCAGCAACUUCUGCAAGUAUUUGUGGUGGAUACAUAUGCAUUCUUUGUCUGGAGGCAUCUCUUUGUUGAUAUCAGGAUCAUACUCAUCUACCGCAGAACCCUCAUUUCUCACUUAUAUUGUCCAUCGCAUCUUCCCAGUCUGGCUUCUACUGCUUGCUACAGCUGACGAGACAGGCGAGCAGACCAUCAAAAUGCGCCGCACAACCUUCAUCGUGUCUUUCAUCGCGAGCCUCGCCCUCGCCAGGCCCCAAAUCGACUCCAGCCAGUUGAGUGGACUCCCACCUUGUGCUCGCGAUGCCGCCGCUGCGGCUCUAGGCUCAGCUGGAUGCGCCUUGAACGAUACCGCCUGCAUUUGCAAGUCCCAGGCCUUCCAGGACGCCAUCACCACUACAAUCCUCCAGUCCUGCUCGGCUAGCGAUGUUCAGGCCGCCGUCGUUUUUGGGCAGUCCAUCUGCGGCUCGUCGCUCGCCAGCGCCGCUCCCACUGAUUCUUACGCCGCGACGACUGCCGCACCAACCGAUAGCGCAGUUGCUGGAGGCGUUUCGACCACCACGGUGCCGGCUACAGUGACCUCGAUGACCAGUAUCCCGAUGGACAGCACGAGCGUGGCCAUGACAACUUCCGUCUCGACCGUGCCGACCACGAUGGCAACCAUGUGGAAUACUUCCUGCUCUACGACUAGCAUGAUGAGCACCAUGGCAGGGCCUUCGGCUUCCGUUUACACUGGUGCGGCUGUGAAUGCAAAGGCUGGACACGGCAUCGUGGCUGCAUUUAUGGGCGUAGCUGGUGCCGUUGCACUUUUGUAAGAUGGGAAAGAGUUUGGCACGCUGGCGUUGAGAUAUGAGGUGGGAAGUGUUGGACUCAAGUUCCGAAGAUUGCAGAUUGACGAGGGCAGGGUAUAGACUUUUAAUAUGGG